UUUGUGGCUGUGUGUAAUCCCUUGCUCUACACAGUUGCCAUGUCUCGCAAGCUCUGUUCCCUCUUAGUGUCUGGGACAUACAUGUGGGGUGGCCUGUGCUCCUUGAUACUCACUUACUCUCUGCUAGUACAGUCCUAUUGUGGAUCUAAUGUCAUAAAUCACUUUGGCUGUGAGUACUCUGCCAUCCUCUCUUUGUCCUGCUCUGACACUUCUUUCAGUCAGAUGGCAUGUUUCGUCAUUUCGACAUUCAAUGAAGUGUUUAGCCUCCUGAUCAUCCUUGCUUCCUAUAUCUUCAUCAUUGCCACUGUCAGCAGGAUGCCUUCUAAGGGUGGCCUCCGCAAAGCCUUCUCCACCUGUGCCUCUCACCUGACUGCCAUCAGCAUCUUCCAUGGGGUCAUCCUCCUUCUCUACUGUGUGCCCCAUGACAAAAGCUCCUGGCUCCUGGUCAAAGUGGACACUGUUCUUUUCACUGUCUUGAUUCCCUUGUUGAAUCCCCUGAUCUACAGCCUCAGGAGCAAAGAUGUAAAAGAGACAGUUAGGAGGCUGAUUGACUCCAAACUGCAUUCUCUCCACAUAAAAUUCAGAUAA